UUUAGCAUUAAAAGUCUAAUAUGAAUAAAGAAUAUAAAAUAUCACACACAGUAGUUUGAAGACAAACAUUCUGAAAUUUAACGAUAUUUUAAAAUAAGUAUUAGUGAAAUUAAUAUUAUAGGGUUUACGAGUGCUUAGUGCAUCAGUAGAACAUUGCUUAGUAAAAAUAAGAUUUGAUCCCUGUUCAUUAAAGUACAAAUUUAACAUUAAAACUAUUUACCAAUUGUGAAAAAUAUGAAAAAGUACGCACAUCACAGCUACACAUAUACACCUCUUUUGGACGCAGAACAAACAAAAGACCAUGAGAUGACGUGGCGUUUCUGGCGACGGCGACGUUUAGUGGUAGCGCUGUUGGCAUUCUUCGGGUUCUUCAACGUUUACGCUCUUCGCGUGAACCUCUCAGUGGCCGUCGUGGCCAUGACGGAACCGGUGGAAACGAAACUGGAAAACGGUACCAUUGCUAUGAUUCCAGAAUUCGACUGGAGCACGCAAACGAAAGGUCUCGUCCUAAGUUCGUUUUUCUACGGAUACCUAGUCACUCAGCUCCCUGGCGGCUGGCUCGCUGCUAAAAUAGGAGGUAACAGGGUGUUCGCUAUCGGCAUCGGGACCACGUCGCUGCUAACCCUGUUCACGCCUCCGCUCGCCCACACCAGCACGGCGCUGCUGAUCGCCGUCAGAGUUAUCGAAGGAUUCUUCGAGGGCGUGACGUACCCGUGCAUCCACGCGGUGUGGGCGCGCUGGGCGCCGGGCGAGGAGCGCGCGCGGCUGGCCACGCUCGCCUUCAGCGGCAGCUACGCCGGCACCGUGGUGGCCAUGCCGCUGUGCUCGCUGCUGGCGCACUACACGGGCUGGCCCGGCAUCUUCUACGUCUUCGGUAUACUGGGAUUGAUUUGGACGACAGUGUGGUGGAUAGUUGUGAAGGAGUCCCCGGAGAAGGACCCAAGGAUUAGCGCCGCAGAACUCAAGUACAUACAGGAGACUCGAGGCACGACGCUGACUGAUGGGGCGAAGCACCCCUGGAAGGCGAUGCUGACGUCGGGUCCGGUGUGGGCCAUCGUGGUGGCGCACUUCAGCGAGAACUGGGGCUUCUAUACUUUACUCACGUUCUUGCCUACGUUCAUGAAAGAUGUGUACAAGUUCGAGACGUCGGCCACGGGCUGGCUGUCUGCCAUCCCGUACCUGGCGAUGGCGGCCACGCUGCAGGGCGCCGGACACCUGGCCGACUGCCUGCUGCGCCGCGGCCUGCUGUCCCGGACCAACAUACGGAAGCUCUUCAACUGCGGAGCCUUCCUGUCCCAGACUGUGUUCAUGAUAGCGGCGGCCUACUCCACGUCGGUGGUGGGCUGCGUCGUGUGCCUGACUAUAGCCGUCGGCCUGGGGGGCUUCGCGUGGUCCGGCUUCAGCGUGAACCACCUGGACAUCGCGCCGCCGCACGCCAGCGUGCUGAUGGGCGUCUCCAACACGUUCGCGACGCUGCCCGGGAUCGUGAGCCCGCCCCUCGCCGGGAGCAUCGUGCUCGACAAGACGGCGGAGCAAUGGCGCGUCGUGUUCUUCAUAUCGAGCGCGAUCUAUCUGUUCGGCGCCGUCGUGUACUACAUAUUCUGCUCGGCCGAGCUGCAGCCCUGGGUGCUGCACGACCAGUCCGACGCCAGCUUCGACACGGACGGCGCCUCCGUCACCACGGCCGGCGGAUACGACAACAGGGCCACGGACCACAACUCGGAAAUGUAAAAACUACUUUAACUGAUAAGCCAGAUAGAGAUUUGCCGUCUCGUUCACUCGAAACUUUCUGAACUACAUACAGCUUUAGUUAGACACGGGUAAUUUAUUGUAAACAGCUCGUAAUACAUUAUUAAGUAACAAUAAUCUGUGAAAUGGUGAUAAAUGGACGAGGUGAAGAUUCCAUCAACCGAGAGAGGGCGCGCGGUGCAAAUCUGCCCCCCCACAAAUGAACUCAAACCUAGCUUAUACGCUUAUCAGACAGGCUACGACAAAACUCAACCCGAGCUGCUUAUAGUGACCCCGGUCGAGCAUAAAGGGAAUCGAUAGUUUUUAACACCACCUGUGACGUCAUACGGGGCUAAAACAAGCGACGGGGACCAUCGAGCAAUGACGGGUACCUGCUCCAUCACGGUGGCUCACGACGGCUAUAAACCUAUGAUAUAACUACACCAUAUUAUUAUUAUAAAGUCUAAAACGCAUAGACCAUAUUAUGACGUCAUGCAUUGUAUUAGGUAUCAAAAAAGCGUCAGAACAAUUAGAUAUUGUUCGGCGAUUUCAAACAAAAAUUGUCAACGGAUUAUCGAUUUAACGCAAUUAUAAUGCCGUAUAAAUAAUUCAUAGAAUAUUUUACGAUCGGCCUGUUUAUUAGAACGCUAAAUAAAUAAAUAAAAUUUAAAUCGUUUCAAGUAUUGUUUCAUGAUGCAUUUACGUAAUAUGGAACUAUGUUGACGAGUUAUCACGAUUGACAUUCCGUAGAGCAUUGACAGUGUUAAUGGUCAUCACAAAUUUCCUACUUUAAUACCUUAGCUAUGAUGCAACAGGGUAUUGUACUUUGUAAAUAAACAAUAGCGUAAUUAAAUAAAUGUGAUAUAUUAUUUAGAUGUAGGGAUGCUAUCUCCGUGCUUAAAGCGCCUUGCGUUUAGCACUAGCACGCUCCGCGAGUUUUUUUAUUUCUCAAUCGUGUAAAAGUUAACUAAAAUUUCUAUAGACUUAGAACAGCGCCCCUAGCGGUAAACGAAGGGAAUCUGAUCUAUCUCUGUAUACCAGCGGUCGGGGAACCGGGGUAAAUUACCCCAAAUGGGGUAAAAUGUAAUUUUGGGGGGUAAAAAUGAAACUUUUGUGGGUAAAAAGUAUAUAUUGA